AAUUCCCUUUUGCAACCGGCAGGUGACCUUAAGCUUGUGGAGAAGCCGUCUCCUCUCACUCUUGCCCCCCAUGAUUUUGCCAACAUCAAGGCCAAUGUCAAAGUGGCAUCCACAGAAAAUGGCAUCAUAUUUGGAAACAUAGUGUACGACGUGUCGGGGGCAGCCAGCGACAGGAACUGCGUGGUCCUCAGUGACAUCCACAUCGACAUCAUGGACUACAUACAGCCAGCCUCCUGCACUGACGCAGAGUUCAGACAGAUGUGGGCCGAGUUUGAGUGGGAGAAUAAGGUGACCGUGAACACCAACGUCAGCGAGCUGAAUGAUUACCUGCUCCACAUCCUCAGCUCCACAAACAUGAAGUGCCUGACUCCAGAGAAGGCUCUGUCUGGCAUCUGUGGCUUCAUGGCUGCCAACCUGUAUGCCCGCUCCAUAUUUGGUGAGGAUGCUCUGGCAAACGUAAGCAUUGAGAAGCCUAUCCACCUGGGCCCAGAUGCACCAGUCAACGGACACAUCCGAAUCCGGGCCAAGAGCCAGGGCAUGGCUCUGAGUCUGGGUGACAAGAUCAAUCUGUCUCAGAAGAAGUCCAUGUCUUAGAGGUGAAGCUCAUCGGUGGCAUAAAUGACAGCUGGUGCAAUGCCUCCCACACUGCUCCGUCUAACCUCUCUGUUCCCUCUGUAGUAGUACGUGUCUCUGUCUCCACUGGGCACAGUCAGUACCGGCUGUGUGCUCCUGUGGCCAGUGGUUGUCAGUCCUAUCAGAUAUUCAAUGCGUAA